AGCGCUCGGAGCGAGCGGCCCCGACCUGAGCGGGUUGACCUCUUUCUUUCUCUGUCCCUCUGCUUCCUCUCCCCCUCCUCUGUCUGCCCGUGUCCCCCCCCCCCGCCCGAUGGCAAAGCCGUGCGGAUCGGCACCCCCCUCUUCCUCAGGUUCCUGAUGUGAGAGGGGAAGCCCCUGACCAUGGAGGUGCUUCAGUGCGAUGGCUGUGACUUCCGGGCCCCGUCUUAUGAAGAUCUCAAGGCGCACAUCCAGGAUGUCCAUACGGCAUUCUUGCAACCCACUGAUGUUGCAGAGGACCAAGAUGAGGAGCCGCCAUCCGGGUCCAUGAAUGCUAGCAAUCAGACAGAGGUGGAGUUUUCCUCUAUAAAGGAUGAGUUUGUGAUCGCAGAAGAUUUAUCAGGUCAGAGUGCAGCUGCAUUGGGGAGUGGAAGUUACUAUGGCCACAGUCCAGGAUAUUACGGUCAGCAUAUUGCCCCUAACCCCAAACCAACCAACAAAUUUUUUCAGUGCAAGUUCUGCGUGCGCUACUUCAGGUCAAAAAAUCUCCUCAUAGAACACACUAGGAAGGUCCAUGGAGCUCAAGCUGAAGGGAGUUCACCGGGACCUCCUGUCCCAGGGUCCUUAAAUUAUAAUAUCAUGAUGCACGAAGGAUUUGGAAAGGUAUUCUCUUGCCAGUUUUGCACAUACAAAUCACCUCGGAGGGCAAGGAUAAUUAAGCAUCAGAAGAUGUACCACAAGAACAGUCUGAAGGAGGCCACAGCGCCACCACCCGCUCCUGCUCCACUGUCAGACCCUGGGGUCCCGCCCGUGUCCUUGCAGGACCCCUGCAAGGAGCUACCAGCAGAGGUUGUGGAGCGCAGCAUCUUAGAAUCCAUGGUCAAGCCUUUGACCAAGUCUCGAGGCAACUUCUGCUGUGAGUGGUGCAGCUACCAGACCCCCCGCCGAGAACGCUGGUGCGAUCACAUGAUGAAGAAACACCGUAGCAUGGUCAAGAUCCUCUCCAGUAUCAGGCAGCAGCAAGAAGGGACUAACGCACCAGAAGUGCAGAACAGUAAUGAACCCAGCCCCACAUCCAACUCCCCCUACCUGUCCAUGAAUGCUGCAAGCCGGGAGAUGCCCAAUACUAACGUCUCCAGUUUCAGGGGCUCCAUGGGCAACUCCAUCAUGAGACCUAACUCUUCUUCAGCUUCCAAGUUUUCUCCUAUGUCUUACCCUCAGAUGAAGCCGAAGUCACCUCAUAAUUCUGGCCUUGUGAACUUGACAGAUAGGUCCCGCUAUGGCAUGUCUGACAUGACUAAUUCGUCUGCUGACCUGGACACUAAUAGCAUGCUGAAUGACUCUAGUUCUGAUGAGGAGUUAAAUGAGAUAGACAGUGAGAAUGGUUUGAGUGUCAUAGAUCACCAGGCAUCGGGCCUGUCUGCGGAGCAGCUGAUGGGCUCCGAUGGCAACAAAUUGCUAGAGACCAAGGGGAUCCCAUUUAGAAGGUUCAUGAAUAGGUUCCAGUGCCCCUUUUGCCCUUUCCUCACCAUGCACCGGCGCAGCAUUUCCCGCCACAUAGAGAACAUCCACUUAUCGGGAAAGACGGCCGUCUACAAAUGUGAUGAGUGUCCAUUUACUUGUAAGAGCUCGUUAAAACUUGGGGCUCAUAAACAGUGUCACACGGGUUCGUCAGAUUGGGAUGCUGUGAAUUCUCAAAGUGAAAGCCUCUCUUCCUCUUUGAAUGAAGGUAUGGUAUCUUACGAGAGCUCCAGCAUCAACGGAAGAAAGUCGGCAGUCAUGCUGGAUCCCCUGCAGCAGCAGCAGCAGCCGCCACAGCCACCUCCGCCUCCGCCACCGCCACCGCCACCCUCACAGCCACUGCAGCCGCCGCCCCCCACGCAGUUGCAGCCACCACACCAGGUGCCACCCCAGCCGCAGCCGCCGCCCACGCAGCCGCCGCCGCCCACGCAGGUCCCACCCUUGCAUCCUUACAAGUGCACUAUGUGUAGCUACUCCACCAUGACUCUCAAAGGGCUAAGAGUCCAUCAGCAGCACAAGCACUCAUUCUGCGACAACUUGCCAAAAUUCGAGGGGCAGCCCUCAAGCCUGCCCCUGGAGAACGAGACGGAUAGCCACCCCUCUUCCAGCAACACUGUGAAGAAAAGCCAGACCUCAAUUCUUGGGUUGUCCUCCAAGAAUAACUUUGUAGCUAAGGCCUCCAGGAAGCUCGCUAAUGACUUUCCCCUCGACUUAUCGCCUGUGAAGAAGCGGACGAGGAUCGACGAGAUAGCGAGCAACUUGCAGAGCAAAAUCAACCAAACCAAGCUGCAGGAAGAUGCGGUCAUCAGCGUUGAGGACGAUGAGGAGGAAGACGAUGACAACGAAGUAGAGAUAGAGGUUGAGCUGGACAGAGAAGAAGAGGCGGCGGAAGCCAUCAUGGAGGUCCCCACUUCCUUUUCAGCCCAACAGAUUUGGGCCAGAGACACCAGUGAGUCCCAGAAGGAGCCCAGCUACAGGAGUAUCACCCAUGACUACAAUGCCACCAAUGGGGCGGAGAUUGAACUCACGCUUUCCGAAGAUGAAGAGGAUUAUUACGGCCCUUCAGCAAGCAUGAAAGAUCACCAAGUGUCCAACGCGACCCUGCUGAACACCCAGGCCCCCAUCUAUGGGGCAGAGCACAGUAAUGAAAACACAGAUUUCGGUGACUCUGGAAGGCUUUACUACUGUAAACACUGUGACUUUAAUAACAAAUCCGCCCGGAGUGUUAGCACGCACUACCAGCGGAUGCACCCAUACAUUAAGUUCAGCUUCAGGUAUAUCUUGGACCCCAAUGACCACAGCGCAGUGUACAGGUGCCUGGAGUGCUACAUCGACUACACCAACUUUGAAGACCUCCAACAGCAUUAUGGGGAACAUCACCCAGAGGCCAUGAAUGUACUCAACUUUGACCACUCAGACCUGAUCUACCGAUGCCGCUUUUGUUCCUACACAAGCCCAAAUGUCAGAAGCCUGAUGCCGCAUUACCAAAGAAUGCAUCCCACGGUGAAAAUCAACAACGCCAUGAUAUUCUCAAGCUAUGUGGUGGAUCCGCAGGAAGGGCUGAGUGCCGAGUCCCAGACCCUGCGGGAGAUCCUGAACUCGGCUCCCAAGAGCAUGGCGACAUCCACACCCGUGGCUCGUGGCGGCGGCACGCCAGCUGCCUUCCACAAAAACACUCCUCCCAAGACCUUCACUCCGGAGUGUGAGAACCAGAAGGACCCCUCCGUCAACACCGUUGUUGUGUACGACUGUGAUGUUUGCUCUUUUGCAAGCCCCAACAUGCACUCUGUGCUGGUUCACUACCAGAAGAAGCACCCCGAAGAAAAGGCCUCGUACUUUAGGAUCCAGAAAACCAUGCGCAUGGUGUCUGUGGACAGAGGCUCUGCCCUUUCCCAAUUGUCAUUUGAGGUGGGUGCUCCAUUGUCUCCCAAAAUGUCCACCAUGGGUUCCCCGCCCCCCCCGCAGCCCCCCCCACCAGACCUCAGUGUAGAGCUUUACUACUGCAAACACUGCUCCUACAGCAAUCGGUCGGUCGUGGGGGUGCUUGUUCACUACCAGAAAAGGCACCCAGAAAUAAAGGUCACUGCCAAAUACAUCAGACAGGCCCCUCCCACAGCUGCCGUGAUGACAGGGACGGAAGGGCUCCAAGACUCCCCCCGGCCUGCCCCCAUGCAGCUGAACCGGAGCAGUUCCGAGGGGGACUGCCCUCCCGUGGAGACCGAGAUGUUCUUUUGCCAGCACUGUGAUUACGGGAACCGGACGGUCAAAGGUGUCCUCAUUCACUAUCAGAAGAAGCACCGGGACUUCAAGGCCAAUGCAGAUGUCAUCAGGCAGCACACAGCCACCAUCAGGAGCCUCUGUGAUCGAAACCAGAAGCCUGCCGGCUGUGUGCUUCUCCCUGCUUCUGGUAUGGAGCGGGACAAAACGAAACUCCGAGCGCUUAAAUGCAGGCAGUGCUCAUAUACCUCCCCCUAUUUCUACGCGCUGCGGAAGCAUAUCAAGAAAGACCACCCCGCCCUGAAGGCCACAGUCACGUCCAUCAUGCGAUGGGCGUUCCUGGAUGGCUUGAUAGAAGCCGGCUACCACUGUGAGUGGUGCAUCUACUCCCACGCGGAGCCCAGCGGUUUGCUCCUGCACUACCAAAGGCGGCACCCCGAGCAUUACGUGGAUUACACCUACAUGGCUACCAAACUCUGGGCUGGGCCAGACCCAUGCUCUCCCACUCUGAGCAUGCCAGCCGAAGCCAAAACCUACAGAUGCAGGGACUGUGUUUUUGAAGCCGUCUCCAUCUGGGACAUCACCAACCACUACCAAGCCUUCCAUCCCUGGGCCAUGAAUGGUGACGAGUCUGUGCUGCUGGAUAUCAUCAAGGAGAAGGACGGCGUGGACAAGGCCCUCCUCGCACCUGAAGAGUUGAUAGGCCCCGUGAAUUGCGAAAACAGCCUGCCCACCCCCCUCCCCGAGCAGGAAGCCGAGUGCCCGGAGGACGCCAGACUUUCCCCAGAGAAGAGCAUUCACCUGGCUUCGGCUAACCCUGCCAUAUCUUCCACCCCGUACCAGUGCACCGUGUGCCAGUCUGAGUACAACAACUUGCAUGGCCUCCUCACCCACUACGGGAAGAAGCAUCCGGGCAUGAAAGUGAAGGCUGCCGAUUUUGCGCAGGAUAUUGACAUCAACCCGGGCGCCGUCUACAAGUGCAGGCAUUGUCCGUACAUCAACACACGCAUCCACGGGGUCCUGACCCACUACCAGAAGCGACACCCGGCCAUCAAGGUGACCGCCGAGGACUUUGUGCACGACGUCGAACAGUCUGCUGACAUAUCCCAGAACGACGUGGAAGAGACGAGCCGGAUUUUCAAACAAGGGUAUGGCGCCUACCGGUGUAAGCUGUGUCCGUACACGCAUGGCACUCUGGAGAAACUCAAAAUCCACUAUGAGAAGUACCACAACCAGCCUGAGUUUGAUGUCUUUUCCCCAUCCCCCCCGAAGCUGCCAGUCACCCUGGAGCCUGAGAUAACCACUGAAGUGAGUCCCUCCCAGAUCUCAGUGACCGAGGACGAGGUGGGAGAGGACCACAUGUCUACUUCUCAUUUCUCUACCUCGCAUCUGGUCUCCCACACUGUGUUCCGGUGCCAGCUCUGCAAGUACUUCUGCUCCACGAGGAAGGGCAUUGCCAGGCACUACCGAAUCAAGCACAACAACGUCCGCGCCCAGCCCGAGGGCAAGAACAAUCUCUUCAAGUGCGCCCUGUGUGCCUACACCAACCCCAUCCGCAAGGGACUGGCAGCCCACUACCAGAAGCGCCACGACAUCGACGCGUAUUACACCCACUGCCUUGCGGCCUCCAGGACCAUCAGCGACAAGCCCAACAAGGUGAUCAUCCCUUCCCCACCCAAAGACGACUCCCCCCAGCUGAGCGAGGAACUGCGGCGGGCCGUGGAGAAGAAAAAGUGUUCCUUAUGCUCCUUCCAGUCCUUCAGCAAGAAAGGCAUCGUGUCCCAUUACAUGAAGCGCCACCCGGGGGUGUUCCCAAAGAAGCAGCACGCCAGCAAGCUGGGGGGCUACUUCACCGCCGUCUACGCAGACGAGCAUGAGAAACCCCCGCUGACGGAAGAAGAGGAGAGGAGCAGCUUCGAGAGGGCCGAGGCCGAGGGCGAGGCUCAGGACGUGGAGUGGCUCCCGUUCCGCUGCAUCAAAUGCUUCAAGCUGUCCUUCAGCACGGCGGAGCUGCUGUGCAUGCAUUACACGGACCACCACAGCCGGGACCUGAAGAGGGACUUCGUCAUCCUCGGCAGCGGCCCCCGCUUCCAGAGCUCCACCUUCCAGUGCAAGCACUGUGAUAGCAAAUUGCAAAGCACGGCCGAGCUGACCUCACACUUGAGCAUUCACAAUGAGGAAUUCCAGAAGCGUGCCAAACGUCAGGAGAGGAGGAAACAGCUUUUGAGCAAGCAGAAAUAUGCAGAUGGUGCUUUUGCAGAUUUCAAACAAGAGAGGCCUUUUGGUCACUUAGAAGAGGUGCCAAAGAUCAAGGAGAGGAAAGUGGUUGGCUAUAAGUGUAAAUUCUGCGUGGAAGUGCACCCAACGCUUCGGGCCAUCUGCAACCACCUCCGGAAGCACGUCCAGUAUGGCAACGUCCCGUCUGUGUCCGCUGCCGUGAAGGGGCUGCGUUCUCAUGAGAGGAGCCACCUGGCCCUGGCCAUGUUCAGCCGCGAGGACAAGUACAGCUGCCAGUACUGUUCCUUUGUUUCUGCGUUCAGGCACAACUUGGACCGUCACAUGCAGACCCAUCACGGACACCACAAACCAUUCCGCUGCAAACUCUGCUCUUUCAAGUCCUCCUACAACAGCCGGCUGAAGACACAUAUCCUCAAAGCCCACGCUGGUGAACAUGCCUACAAGUGUUCUUGGUGCUCAUUUUCCACCAUGACAAUCAGCCAGUUGAAGGAACACUCCCUCAAGGUCCACGGAAAAGCCCUGACCCUUCCCCGGCCUCGGAUUGUCAGCCUCCUCUCCUCACACGCCCACCACCCUCAAAAGGCUACCUCAGCCGAAGAGGUGGAAGACUCCAACGAUUCCUCGUACUCGGAGCCCCCCGACGUCCAGCAACAGUUGAAUCACUACCAGUCAGCUGCCCUGGCAAGAAACAACAGCCGCGUUAGCCCCGUGCCCCCCGCCGGGGCUGCCGCUGGCACGGAACAGAAGGCGGAAGCUGUUCUCCACUGCGAAUUCUGUGAAUUCUCCUCUGGCUACAUCCAGAGCAUCAGGCGCCAUUACCGGGACAAGCACGGGGGCAAGAAGCUUUUCAAGUGCAAAGACUGCUCCUUUUACACGGGCUUUAAAUCUGCUUUUACGAUGCACGUGGAUGCUGGGCAUUCGGCGGUCCCCGAGGAAGGCCCCAAAGAUCUCCGCUGUCCUCUCUGCCUCUACCACACCAAAUACAAACGCAACAUGAUCGACCACAUAGUGCUGCACCGAGAAGAGCGAGUUGUCCCCAUUGAGGUGUGCCGUUCCAAACUGUCAAAAUACUUGCAGGGAGUAGUUUUCCGCUGUGAUAAGUGUACCUUCACCUGCUCCAGUGACGAGAGCCUCCAACAGCACAUAGAAAAGCACAAGGACCUGAAACCUUACAAAUGCCAGCUCUGCUACUAUGAGACCAAGCACACGGAGGACCUGGACGGCCACCUUCGGGACGAGCAUAAGGUCAGCCGUAACUUCGAGCUGGUUGGACGGGUUAACUUGGAUCAGCUGGAACAGAUGAAGGAAAAGAUGGAGAGUUCCAGCAGCGACGACGAGGACAAGGACGACGAAAUGAGCAGCAAGGCUGAAGACAGAGAACUGAUAUUUUCCGACCGAGGGACUGGGGUGAACGCCGAGAAGAGGUUUCCAUGUGAAUUCUGUGGACGGGCAUUCUCUCAGGGCUCUGAGUGGGAGAGACACGUGUUGAGACACGGCAUGGCGUUGCACGAUACCAACCAAGUGAGCAGUGACGAAGUCCAUCCCAAAGAGUUGGUAGAGGACGGGAUGCAGCUGCCCUCCAUAGAGGCGAAAGAGGAUGACGAGCCAAUCGGGUUGGACUUUUCCCUAAAGAGUGAGACCGUAGCCAUCUGUGUCGUAGCUGCCGACAAAUCUCUCCUGGAGACUGCAGAGGCCAAAAACGAGUAAAGGCUUGGUGAAAUCCUUAUCAAACCUUACUUGAACCGUGAUGAAAACAUGGGAGGGGUCCGGCGUGGGCUGAGAAGGGAGGGGACCGAGAAGAGAAGACAGAACAAAGCUGCUUUUAGGACCGAGCAAUCUACUUUCAGGGCACUGGUACCUGUGUGAGUGAGUAUGUAAAUUAAAGUUAUUUAAAUGGUUGGAAUAUGUGGCUCCGUUCCCGUCACUCCAUCCUUCCUUCCGGAUCUCCACCCACGGAAGUCUUCAUCUGCUGCGGUUUGGGAAGCGCGUUCCACCGGGCACAGCGGGCACUCUCCGGGACCCUCGGACAGUGGGGUGGCAACCCGAGCUCGGGGACCGCGGAAGACUUCUCCUAGGGGAGCAACAUUCUGGGCGCACGACUUUCAGUGCGUUUUUCUAGUUUUAAUACCUUAAGCUUUUUCAAGACCUAACUGCAGCCGCUUUGGGAGAAAAAAAAAAUAACAGGACAGAAAACAAACAAAAAAAAAACUGCUUUGCAUAAAACAGUCACCUGUUUCCUAGUACCUCAGACUUAACCAAGGGAAAUCUCUGCAUUUGUCUGUACUACCUGUCGCCCUUGUGGUUAAAUGUAGAGAGAGCUGCUGGACAGGAUGGUGAAUGGAGGAAAAAAAAAGAGUUUUAAAGAAAGGAACACAAAUUGUGCUUAAAAUCCCCACGUGGGUUUUAUUUCUUAAAAUACUGUGAUUUUUUUAAUUAUUUUAGUAAAAAACAAAACAAAAAAAAAAAGAAACAAGACUUUAAUUACUAGAUAACUGUGUGUGAAUUGUCACCCUGUACCCCAGGUAAGCUGUUUAUUAGUGUUCAGCUAUAAUUUAGAGUUCGGUAGGUUCGUGUGAACUAAUUUUAAGGUGAUUGUGGGGUUUCGUUGGCCACAAGUUUUAUUUUCUCUCAAUUUGAGUGUUACAAACACAGCACAAACUCCGUUGUCGUCCCCCCCAACCCCCAUUAAGUUGUUCUUUGUGCAUUUGUUGUUUUAAUUUGAGGUCAAGGGAGAGUUAACAGGAUUUGUGUGUGUGUGUGUGUGUGUGUGUGUGUGUGUGUGUGUGUGUGUGUGCGUGCACAAAGAUUUUCGUAAUUUCAAACACGGACAUAACAAAGAGAUUAACUUCCCUUUCUGUCGUUGUUUUGCUUUGCUUUUAAUUUAACUAAAGAACCAAACCCCGGCACAGCUAUGCAGGAGCGUGUGGUCCAGACAAAGAGGUCCUCUCUCACCCUUCCGUUUUUUCUCUCUCUCAAACAAACACGUCAUCGCCUCACACCAGCAACUUCUGUUCCACUGGGCUGCCUUCCGUGUGUGAUUUGAACUCUGUGUUUUGUUUGGGCAUCGUGUAUUGGGAGGCUUUCUCGCCUCUUUUGGGAGCCGUCCCUGUCGGGAGCGUGGGCAUGAGAUGGCGUGCCCUACAGGGAGCCUGGGAAAUGCUAUUUCUCUUUCCCUCCAUCGGUUCUGUGUCUACACACACACACACACACACACACACACACACACACACACACUAGCUUUUUUCUGUUUUCCUUCUUUCGGAGAGAGAAGCUUAGACUAAACCGUAAGUCUACAUUUAUAGUAUGUUCUCAUUGUGAACAGGGGUUUUGUUCCAAAAAGUAGAGAAGCGUUUUCUUGAAGCUUAGGUUUUAGGUGAGUGAGUGAGUGUGUGUGUGUGUGUGUCUGUGUCUGUGUCUGUGUCUGUGUCUGUGUGUCUGUGUCUGUCUGUCUGUGUGUGUGUGUGAUGAGUGUUUGUGGGCCAAUGUAAGUCUUUUGGUUAUCAUGUGUCUUUUUGUUUUGUUUUUGUUGUUGGAUUUUUUGUUUGUUGGUUUUUUUUAACUUGGAAGGGUUGAUGGGCUGGGGGGAGGGCCAGGAGGGGUGACGGAUGACUGAGGUGACAGUGUCCCACAUAGCUUCAAAUAAAAUCCAUGGAAAGAUGUCCAAUUUGUGAAGUAAGUACUUACUUGAAAAGCAUGUUCUUGUUUUUGGGUUUUUUUUGUUUUUGUUUUUUUAACUAUUAAGAAUUUUUAUUUGUAGGAUGUUAAUUUAAUUUUUUUUUAGGGUUGGGGGGCCUUCAUAUGGAAAGCAGAAAAGGGGAAAGUGUGAACUAUCUAGAAAGAUUCCUUUGUGUCCUUAUUUGUUUCUGAUUGGCCUCAUCUCAAGUGUACUAAACAGUUUCAUACCUGGAUUGAAUAUUUGUGACGGUUACCAAAACAGCAGACAAACAAAACAACGAAAGAAAGAAAAAGAAAAAUAAUUGUGACAUGCUUUGAUCGCUACCUUAUUUUUCAAAUAUCAUGUAAAUAUUGUAAUCCAUUGGAUUUUGUUUUGCUAACCUGUUAAUAAAAAUAUGGGACCAUUAUCCUUUUUAACAAAGAUAGAAUGUCAUUUUUUUUCCUUUUUCAAACAUAUACCUGAUAUUUUGUGGCCGCACAUUUUGGAUGCAUUCUGUUUCUGUUGACUGUAAUGACAUAUAAUUUACAACAUUUUUUGUUGUUGUUUAAUUUAUACAGAGGACACUUUUUUUCAGAGCUUGAGAGAAGAAAAUAAAUAGCAAAAUGAUAACCUAUUGACUCCAAUAAUCAGUGUUUCCUGAAACUUCAUGAAAGACAGAGGGACCCUGACACACAAAAAAAAUAAUAAUAAAAAUAAAAACCACAAGUAGGUUAUUCAAGUUGUUUGCAACAUACAUUUUGUAAUGAAAUGUGAGAAAUUAAUAAAGAAUUUUUUUCACAUGUG